AUGUCCAUUGAAGCGGCGGUUGGGGAGCAGCAUCCGGCUUAUCGCCCAGAUGACCCGGAGUUCUACAUGCAGGAUGAAGGGCAGCAGAGUCCUGUCGCCGGGUCGGUCAGGGUGCUGGGAGGUGUUGCGUUUAGCGUUGCCCGCCUUGUCACCUUGAACUGCGCGUGGGCACCAGUUAAUCGGUUCUUCUUGCUGCAAUGCGCGGAGGGCGGACUUGUUCAGAAUGGACGGCUCCCACACGGUGGGUUUAGUGGGAUGCGGGGUUGCGUCCUUUACAUAUUGAAGAAAGAAGGGACCUUGGGGUUCUUCCGCGGUGGUCUCACAGACAUGGUGUUAUCGAUGCCAGCGUACCUCGUCCGAGUUGCCGUGGCCCUUUGGACGGCGCGGCUGCAGCAGUGGUUGGCGGUUGACUCCUGGCCAGCCGCAGUCGUGUUCGGGGUAGCUGCACCAGGACUACGCGUACUGCUUACAGCGCCCAUUGUGGGGGCCAAGAAUACUGUGCUUUGUAACUACACCGCUGACAUCGUUGCACCAAGCAGCAACAAGGUGGCAGUGAAUGCAGAAGAGGAAGAGGAGGAAGCUUACUUGUACUGCUCGGCGGGGGAAGCCGCUGCGGCAGUGCGCGCAUGCUGGGGUUGGAAGGGGGUUUGCUUUAGGGGAUUGGACGUCGACAUUGCUGCCGUCUACGCGCAAAGUCUCACUCUGCAGCUGAUAGGACGGUUUCUUACGCCCCACCUCGGCCACCUCAUUGGGGAACAGAUCCAGCGGCCUUGGCAAGCCGCCGCGAUGAUCGCCGCCGCCAUUGGUGUGCGCUUCAUCUGCAGUUUCUUGUUUCAGCCCUUUCAGGUCAUACGCGUACGCAUGACGCUUCUCUCGACGGGUGGAAAGCAGAAACCGAAACCAAACCGCUGGUUCUGGCACUACGCACGAGAAAUUAUGCGCCAGGACGGAAUCACGGCCUUCUGGGCUGGUUUUCGCAUGCGGCUCCUGCUUGAUGUAACCAGUAUUCUCUUCGGCACCCUCGUGGUGCAUUGA